UCCCUCUCCCCAUGUAUCCUAGCUGUAGCCUAUAUCCUGUACUACUGUAUUAUUAGUCAGUGUAGCCUAGGUCCAAUACAUUAGUGAAAGAUGUGACUGGUUCAGAAAGCUUGUCAUACAAGACAGCACUGCAAUUAUAUGAUGUUCAACAAUCUUAUAUAUUGGACAUGCGUUGAAUUUAUAAAAUUAAUUAUUGCUGUGUCACAUUUGCUCAAUUUUAGAUUCCUUUCUGUACCUCCAUUUUAUCACCUUUUUUUAAUCACCUAAAAUGCAUUCAUAACCAAAUAGUUUAACUUUUUUUUUAUUUUUUUUUUAUCCUUCAUAAAUUAACUGUGUUUCUGUCUCUGUCCUAUCAUGUCUAUAGUUAUGAAUGACAUUGUUGCCACCAUGUUCAAUAAGGCCUUUAUGGAGGAACUGCUGAAGCCUCAGGACCUCUACAGUCAUGGGGCUCUGAGAAGAGUGCUAACACGACUAGCCCAUGCCUCCAUCAUGAGGCUCAACCCCGCCAGCAUGGAUAGGCUUUAUGAAUUGAUGGUGAUGGCUUUCAAAUACCAACUCCUGCUAUGUCCACGUCCCAGAGACCUGCUGAUUAUUUCAUACAAUCACAUAGACACCAUCCGGGAGUUUGUGAGAGACACCCCCAGUGUUCUCAACCAAGUGGACGAGACACACCGAAAGAUCAUUGAGACGAUAACCAUCUGA